AUGUCACUCUUCUCCAGAUUUGAACAGAGUGACGGAAGAAAUGUAUCCUCCUUUCUCUGUUCCAACCGCGAGCCUGGGAAUUUAAAGUCCACAGAAGUAGAUAACUUGAUGGAAGCCCUGUUCGACUCUGCUGGUGGUGCUCUAUAUAGCAGCGCCGAAACCUCAGGGAACCGUAUCCAUAGCACGCCAGGAGACUCGGCUGCCUAUUUCCAUGCUAUAAGUAGCUCGUUGAUGUAA